CCUCAUAUUUGUUCAUCCUCUUUGUCAUGACAAAUUCAAAAUCCUGACAUAGCAGGUGUAUAUGCUAAACAGCCAUAUGGAGGGCGUGGUCUCGUCUGCUAAAACGCAUCUUUUGACCAUUCCCAUAUCAGAUAGGCGGUGCUCCGCACAAAAUGGGCGUGUCUUUACGCUCAAACCGAAGUUGUGAAUCCAUCGAGGUAAUGAAAUGGUUACAAGUCCUUCAGUCCGGAUAAUCAACCACAAUUACUUAAAAAAAACAGCUAACAGCCCAAAAAGCCAAACAGUCCAGCUGUGAUUAUUGACAAAGGAUGUGCUCUGAAACGAAGACGUGAGUGAGUGCGCGCGCUGGAGACUCAGACGCUGGACUGUCAAUGCCCGGAUUCUCUAUUGAUCAUGCUAAUGUGUGGGGAUAUAACUUCUUAAAAUAAGCAGAAAUGUGGCCGGUUCGCUUCCUUCUCCUCUUCUGCCUGGUCUUCACGUUUGCGGUGCUUCAGAGGAGCAGCGGGCAGUCAGUGUGUCCUGGCACUGAUAACAAGCUCAGCACACUGUCGGAUUUGGACCAGCAAUACAAGACUCUUCGCAAGUUUUAUGAGAACUGUGAGGUGGUCAUGGGUAAUCUGGAGAUCACCAGUAUUGAGAGGAACCGGAACCUGUCUUUCCUCAAGUCUAUCCGGGAGGUGACGGGUUACGUGUUGGUGGCUCUAAACCAGUUUGACUAUCUUCCUCUUGAGAACCUGCGAAUAAUCCGAGGCACUAAACUCUACGAAGGACGCUACUCUCUGGCCAUCUUUCUCAACUACAGACGAGACGGCUACUUCGGCCUGAGACAGCUCGGCCUCAGGAACCUGACAGAAAUCCUGAAUGGAGGUGUGUAUGUGGAUCAGAAUAAGUUCUUGUGUCAUGCGGACACCAUCCACUGGCAGGACAUCAUCAAAAACCCUCGAUCUGAACUUCUGGUUGUGCCGUCGAACAAUAGUGGGAACACAUGCAGAAGGUGCCAUCGCUCCUGUAACGGCCGCUGCUGGGGUCCUCAGGAGGAUCAGUGCCAGAGCUUGACGAAGACGGUGUGUGCGGAGCAGUGUGACGGUCGAUGUUUUGGACCGUAUGUCAGUAACUGCUGUCACCGUGAAUGUGCAGGGGGCUGUUUCGGACCCAAAGACACAGACUGCUUUGCUUGCACCAACUUUAAUGACAGUGGUGCCUGCGUGACUCAAUGUCCUCAACCAUUCGUCUACAAUCCAACGACCUUCCAGCUCGAGCACAAUCCCAAUGCCAAAUACACCUAUGGAGCUUUCUGUGUCAAGAAAUGCCCACAUAACUUUGUGGUGGAUCACAGCUCUUGUGUCAGAGCCUGUCCGAGCAACAAGACGGAGGUGGAGGAAAAUAACAUCAAGAUGUGCAUCCAGUGCACUGAAAUCUGCCCCAAAAUGUGUGAUGGUAUAGGAACCGGCAGCCUUCAAUCAGCCCAAACUGUUGAUUCCAGCAACAUUGAGAAGUUUGUCAACUGCACCAAGAUCAACGGCAACCUCAUCUUCCUCAUCACAGGCAUCAAAGGAGACAUGUAUCAUGGCAUCAGGGCUCUGGAUCCGGAGAGACUAAAUGUUUUCCGCACCGUCAGAGAGAUCACAGGUUACUUGAACAUCCAGUCUUGGCCUGAAAACAUGACUGACCUUAGUGUUUUUUCCAACCUUGUCACCAUAGGAGGAAGAACUCUCUACAGUGGUAUUUCUCUGCUGAUCCUAAAGCAGCGCUGGAUCACGUCUCUGCAGUUUCAGUCUCUGAGAGAGAUCAGCGCUGGUAACGUCUACAUGACCAACAACAGCCAGCUUUGCUUCUACAGCACAGUCAACUGGACGUCUCUGUUUCGCACCAGCACACAGAAAGCCAAGAUCAAGGACAACAGAGACCCCAGAGAGUGCUCUCAACAGAGGAUGGUUUGUGAUCCGCUGUGCUCAGUGUCAGGAUGCUGGGGGCCCGGGCCAAAUCAGUGUCUGUCCUGUAAAUACUUCAGCCGGGGAAGGACAUGUGUGAGGUCCUGUAAUUUGUAUAAUGGAGAUGUUCGAGAAUUUGCCAAUGGAUCUACGUGUGUGGAGUGUGACAGUCAGUGUGAAAAGGCUGAAGAUAAAUCUCUCACCUGUCACGGGCCUGGACCAGAUCACUGUGUGAAGUGUCUGCAUCUCAAAGACGGGCCCAACUGUGUGGAGAAAUGCCCUGACGGUCUGCAGGGAGCAAACAGCUUUAUCUUCAAAUAUCCCGAGACCAACAACGAGUGCCAUCCCUGCCACCCCAACUGCACGCAGGGGUGUACUGGACCCCGGAUCCAAGAUUGUAUCGGGAUACUGGACAGGACUCCUCUGAUUGCAGCUGGGGUGAUUGGUGGGAUGUUUGUGGUCGUAAUUGUGGCUCUUGGAUUUGCCAUCUUUUUCCGCCGAAAAAGCAUAAAGAAGAAGAGAGCUUUACGACGUUUCCUAGAAACUGAGUUGGUGGAGCCUUUAACACCCAGUGGCACGGCUCCUAACCAGGCACAGUUACGCAUACUGAAGGAAACUGAGCUCAAGAGGGUCAAGAUCUUGGGAACUGGAGCAUUUGGCACUGUUUACAAGGGAAUCUGGGUUCCAGAAGGGGAAACUGUGAAGAUUCCUGUGGCCAUAAAGAUACUCAAUGAAAGCACGGGACCUAAAGCCAAUGUGGAGUUUAUGGAUGAGGCGCUGAUCAUGGCCAGUAUGGAGCAUCCUCAUCUGGUGCGUCUUUUAGGGGUCUGCUUGAGUCCCACUAUUCAGCUGGUGACUCAGCUCAUGCCCCACGGCUGCCUGCUGGACUACGUUCAUGAACACCAGGACAACAUCGGCUCACAGCUGCUGCUCAACUGGUGUGUGCAGAUCGCAAAGGGUAUGAUGUAUCUGGAGGAGAGACGGCUAGUGCACAGGGAUCUCGCGGCUCGUAAUGUGCUGGUUAAAUCUCCAAACCACAUCAAGAUCACUGAUUUUGGACUCGCUCGACUGCUGGAAACCAAUGAAAAGGAGUACAGUGCGGAUGAAGGCAAGAUGCCCAUCAAGUGGAUGGCUCUGGAGUGUAUUCACUAUAGGAAGUUUACACACCAGAGUGAUGUAUGGAGCUACGGAGUGACUAUCUGGGAGCUGAUGACAUUUGGAGGAAAGCCUUACGACGGGAUUCCCACACGGGAGAUUCCAGACAUCCUGGAGAAAGGCGAGCGUUUGCCUCAGCCGCCCAUCUGCACCAUAGAUGUCUACAUGGUCAUGGUCAAAUGCUGGAUGAUUGAUGCCGAUAGUCGUCCACGUUUUAAAGAACUGGCCGCAGAGUUCAGCCGUAUGGCCCGAGACCCGCAGAGAUACCUCGUCAUACAGGGAGAUGAUAGGAUGAAGCUGCCCAGCCCAAACCAUAGCAAGUUCUUCCAGAGUCUUCUAGAUGAGGAGGAGCUGGACGACCUGAUGGACGCUGACGAGUACCUGGUUCCUCAUUCCCUAAAUGCCCCUCCUACUUCCCAUAUACCACACCCACAUGUAGAUUCAAAUCAGAAUCAGUUUGGGUAUCAUGAUGGAAGUCGGUGUCCUGAGGACGUAACGAGGUUUCAUGAAGUGGCUGCUGCUGGAAACGCACCCUCUGCUCUUGGAAGUGCACAAAGAGCAGGUCUGGAUCUGGUGGAGGAGCAACACUGUAAUGGCAGCUUGAAGAAACAGGCCACGGUUCAUUCAGUGGAGGACAGCAGUGGCCAACGUUACAGCGCAGACCCCACUGUCCUGCUGGGAGAGAAAACACAGAGAGAGGAUACAGAUGAGGAUGGGUACAUGUCCCCUAUGAAGGACAAGAUCUCCACAAAUCAUUUGAAUCCAGUUGAGGAGAAUCCUUUCGUAACAAGACGCAAAAGCAAAGACGUUCAUGCAUUGGACAACCCGGGUUACCACAACACCCCUGACGGAAAGCCCAAAUGUGAAGACGAGUACAUUAACGAGCCCCUUUACCUCAACACGUUCAACAACACCAGCGACAUCCACCAGGAGAUGCUACGGAAGAACGGAGUCUCCAUCCCAGCACAGAUGACCACAGCUGGCCACAUCUUACAGACGGGUAAACCCCAUCACCACAGCCAUGGGCCGCAUGUUCACUUCGCCAUACCUCCAGUCCAGCCGGUGCACCCUGGACCCAUGAGCCAAAAUGAUCACAAUGCACAUUCAGUUCAGUCAGGCCACGAUCACGCCGUCAAAUCCGGCCCAUCAGCAGGUCAGAUCUGUCUAGUGAGCCAUCAAGUCCAACAGGGACAUCCGAGCAAAUCCAACCGUUCACCACAACAGUUUCAAUUAUCAGGAGGUAAACUACCAGGUCAUCCAGUGCAGCCAGGCAGCCAGAUUGGGACUGUAUUAGUGGACAAGAUGUACAAGAACAGCUUUGACAAUCCGGAGUAUUGGCAGCACAGCCUUCCUCCACCUCAAAUCUCCCAGGACUCUUCUUCUGCGGUCUGCAAUAACAAGUUCCUUUACAAGCAGAAUGGCCGCGUUCAGCCUCCUGCGGCAGAAAACCCUGAAUAUCUGUCUGGUGUGAAGCCGGGAAUGGUCCUGCCGCCUCCUCCGUACCGGCAGAGGAACACUGUGGUCUAACGUCCAGGUCUCCAUGCUCUGUAGAGCCUGGUUCUUCUACCAGCACCUUAAAUGUCUUUCCGUUAUCCUCAAAAAAAUAUUGAAUAUGAAUAAUGUAAGCCACUGAACUGACGUUAUAAGACAAAACAAAACAAACAUUGAAGGAAAAGGUCAACUCAUCUCAUCCAAACAUUCAUCCCCAUUCACCCCACCGGUCACCCAAGAACUUUUUGAUUUUCCUAUCUACAGGUAUUUUAAUAAGCCUCACACAGGAUGUCAAUGAAGAUCUGAAGCUACACUGAUCGAACACUCAGUCCACACUGGAGUUAGCAAACUCAGAGAAUCUCUCAUCCACACUGAAACAAUGGAACAUGAUGAAAUCCUUGUAUUGAAGGAUCAUUGAAAUAAUACUGACAGGCCAGACAUGGGUUUAUAUUAGGGCUGCACGAUACUGGAACCGUAUGUGAUAUUUGAUGUUGUUGAGUAUUGCGAUAUUAAAAUUUCUUACGAUAUUAUGUUUCACUAGAAAAAAAAAUGCUGUUUUUAUUAGCUGUUUUUACCUUAUUUAUUUAUUUAAGAGUAUUUAAAUAAACAUGCACAGGAUAUUUUUUUUCAGAUCUAAUUCAGACUAAAGAAAAGUAGCUGCCAACAUUUGUCUCAGAUAUUCUGGGAGAUUGGGGGAGGGGGAAUAGGGUGGGAGUUAAGCUGUGGUCUCACUAGACUUUUCGCGCCAUAGACUUCUAAACACAAGCUAGUGCGACAAGAUUCGCAAUGGGCUAUAUUAACACAGACUUUUAAUUUUCACCCAGGCAGCCCGGCAGGGUCCAGUGACCUGUCUUUCUACUACAAGAUUGUCACGUUUAAGAUCUGAUUUCUUUAAAAAUCAGCAAUCUUCACUGCCUGUUAGAUAAAUGAUAUGAUCUCAGAUCGGACAAGAAGCACUGCUUUAAAUUCCAUUUCCCCCUGCCUUGUCUUUAAUAUAUGAUUUUACCCAAGUAUUUUCAAUGGAAUUUCUGCGCUAGCCUGUUACUAGGGAUGCAACAAUACAGUUAGCCUGCGGUUCAAUACAUACCUCAGUUUUUUUAACAAGAUUUUCAGUUCGUUCGGUUCAGUUCUGAUGGCGUUUCUAUUUUGUUACUCUUUGCUUAGGCAAUAGGAACAGUAAGAGAUUAAGGAGAAAAAAAAUGUAAACGAUAUAUUGCAAUUUCACCUAAAAGACAAAAAAGUGCACUAGUUCCUAGUGUAUUGUGUUUAAAAAAAAACUCUGAAGGCUCACAGCUUCUGGUAGCCUAUGUACAAACUGGGGAACACAUAAAAUCCUACAUUUUGAAAAUAAACAAACAUGUGAAAUUAAUAAACAUAAAUUGACCAUCUUAAUUAUCUCGGUGCUGAAAAAAAAUGUGAGACGGUAGUCUGUGAUGUGGAUAGAGUGCUUUUAUACAGAUCCCAUAGUUUUCCGCGAUUAACAAAAAGUCAGAAAUUUUCGCGAUCCUGCAAAAUUCUUAAUUAAACGCAAAAUAAUUGCAAAAAAAUUUAAAUAAUCUCAUAAAACAUCAAAUCCUAAACCGUAUAAUCAAAAGAUAUUUAUUUCAGUUUGCUAUUAAAUGUUUUACAUGACUUAUCGACGUUUCAUACGCAGCGCACCUGAUGUAUUUGAGUGUUUCUCGAAAAAUGACAUCUCACCUGCGCCCUCACAAUCGUUACAUUACAUGGAUGUCAAAAUAACGUUGUCCUUAGACGCUGCCUAGACAUUGAAUUUUGGUCACCUGACAUCAUGACCUAAGUCUAAUAUUAACGUCUUAUGAUGUUGUGUGCCUCCUGGUACUGGUCUACGUCAUACCCAAUACCUGAGCUACCUUAAUAUUUAUUAAUAAAGAGCUAAUUGGGAGGUUUUUAAAGCAAAAGUCAUAGUCAAUGGAUUGCUAAUCGCGAGAAGUGAACCUCACAAUGAAGUGUGACUAUGAAUUAUUUCCAAACAAUGCUAUUCAAUCAACUGUAUACAGUAUAUCGCUAUAUAUUUUGCUGAAAACUAAAACAUCACAAUGUCACAUUUUUCCAAUGUCAUGCAGCCCUACUUUACAGUCCACAAUACCGCAAGACAAUUGUGUUUAUAGAUUGAUCAACUUUGGAGAAAACUGUUUCAGUGUGGAUGAACAGCCAAAACAGAGAGAAAAAAAAGCUAAUAUACACAGAUCAGUGCAUAUUCAGAGUUAAUAAAAUCAUUAAUUUGCUGAAUUUAGAUAUUGAGUCAGCCAUUUUGAAAGGUGCUGGCAAGUCCUUCAUUGGAGAAGACCAUGAAUGAGAAGUAAAAAUUAAAAUUUUUAAUUUUAAGCGGACGGAGAAGUGAAUUAAAGGGAUUAUGCACUUGUGUUUUAUAUUUGUCGUGACUGGAACACUUGCACUUUUGCUGCCCAUUCUUCAUACCGCUAAAACUGCUGCCCUACUGUACACGGACGACUACUGUUAGACUUGAGAGGACUGGGAAAUUAUGGACAGUUGAGUUCCUCAGCACAAUGAGUUGAAUGGGAGGCUGAUAAAAGCACUGGGAGACAUUUGUUCAUACUGAGAAUACAAUAGAAUAAUCUUCAGUGAAAGUCAGGGGUGGUGAUUCCCGUUUAGUUCACCUUUUGAGAGAUAUGAAGAGCUCAUUUUCGGGACGAGCAGCACUGAAUGGUUUACAGGGUGUUUACAUAAUUUACUUUAUCAGUAGCUGAAGUGAAUACGCUUUGACCAAGGGUGUCUAGGAACUUCAAAUCUUCUUUGCAGGAAUUUUAAACUGCGACUUUGUGUUUUUACUGGUUAAAAGUCUUUGAUCAAUAUCGUUUAAGUCAACAUGAAAUUGGCCUUAUUUGCUUUCUUAAUGCUUCAUAAUCAUUCAACACAAUGGAUUUGUUCCACAUCUGAAUUUGUUUUACAAAUAACCAAGUAAACAAUAAAACGAAUUAUCCUUUAAAAAGAUAUUUGAAAUACAUUUUAGAAUUAGAUUGUAUGCCUUUCUACUUCAAAUUUUCACAUUUAAAUGUUAAAGGGACAGUUGACAGGCUGAAACACACUAGGAAAUACAUGGAGAACAUUGUUGGGGAAGUUACUGUUAAACUUGAAACUAGUUACUCACCAGAAUAAUUUGCUAAGGAACUGUCAAAAACCAGAAACCAGAAGUUUACAUACACUAAAUAAGGAGCAUAACCAUUUUUUUAAACGUUUGAUUGUAAAUCAUACUAAACGUUUACUAUAUUAGGUCCGUUAGGCUUACCUAAAUGGUUUACAUUUGCUAAAUGCCAGAAUAAUGAGAGAAUUUAUUUUUUUAUUUUUUAUUUUUUUUAUUAAUUAUUUUUAUGCCGUCAAAAGUUUACAUACAUUUCCUUGGUAUUUUUUUUUUUUUUAGUUUUGCUUUUAAACUGUAUAACUUUGGUCAAAUGUUUUGGGUAUCCUUCCACAAGCUUCUCACAAUAGUUUGAAGGAAUUUUGGCCCAUUACUCCUGACAGAAUUGUCUCUUGAUUGAUGAAAUCAAGUCUGAAUGUGACUUAUCUGUGGAUUGGCCUUCAGCAUUGAGACUUUACUCUGAUCUGAGCUAAACUACACUCAAAAAAAAGAUAUUUGCUGCUUGUUCAAACUAUUAAUGUAAACUGAGCUCAAACAACACAAUUCUUGAGUUUUUGGGGGGGACGUAAUCCAAUCCAAAUAAAUUUUGAAAAAAAAAAAAUGAGGUUAGCCUAAUUUCUUCACGUUGGCCCAACAAAUCAAUUGUGUGGAACCCAACUAUUUUUAUAGUAACUCAACUUCAUCAGUGACGUUUAUAAUAAAAUGAGCUGAAGCAGUUUGAAAUUAACAAUUCAAAA